AUGUCGGUCAUCACGGAGAUUACCACUCAGGCGCAGUGGGACGAGACUCUCGCCUCCCUGCCGUCUUCGACCCUGUUGAUCAUCUCAUUCCACGCACCCUGGGCAGCACCUUGCGCUCAGAUGGCCACUGUUUUAUCCACCCUCGCAUCAGAGUAUCCAGUCACGGAGCCUUUGAGCACGAAGUGGGUGUCUAUAAACGCCGAGGAGCUCAGCGAUAUCAGCGAAGCCUAUGAUGUUACGGCUGUUCCGUUCCUCGUCCUUGUUCGAAACGGUCGGAUCGUAGAGACUGUCAGCGGAAGCAGCGCCAUUAAAGUUCGAGCCGCCAUCGAGACCAAUGCUCAAAACAACGCAUCUGCAUCAUCCGCCCCUGUCAACGGUGCCAACCAGACAAAUGCGCAGGGUACCAAGACGGUCGACGCGAGUGUCGACCCCGAGAAGCAGAAAGAAGAGCUUUUCAAACGCCUGGGUGAUCUUGUCAAGGCUGCACCGGUCAUGCUGUUCAUGAAGGGAACCCCUAGCGACCCUCAGUGUGGCUUUUCACGGCAGAUGGUCGCCAUCUUGCGGGAGAACUCUGUCAAAUAUGGCUUCUUCAACAUCUUGGCCGACGACGAGGUCCGGCAAGGUCUUAAGGAGUUUGCUGAAUGGCCUACUUACCCUCAGUUGUGGAUUGAUGGCGAACUUGUCGGUGGUUUGGAUAUUGUCAAAGAAGAAAUGGGCAAUAACGAGGAUUUCUUCAAGCCAUACGCUGUCGGUGGAAUUGCUGAUGCUGCUUCUGAGGUUUCGUGGAAGACGAGAUGGAACUGCACCAUAAUCUUGGAAUCAUACGACUGCGACGCCCUGGAGGGUGUCCCAUAUUUGCUGGGUAAUAAUUCACGGGAAAGGUAUCAAAAGAGUGGCGGUUCAUCCCAGCCCUCUGGAUACCCAAGGAAAUGGGACAGCAUAGUCACCAAUGAGCAGUACAAACAACGUAUCAUGACGGUGAUGGAGCUUUGGCGCAUGGCGAGUUGUGCAGAGGACUAUGAUCAUAUGACCAUUGUGAGCAAAUGCAGGGAGCAACGAGCAGUGCAGCGGAUCACACUGACAACUCACCAAAUAGAGACUUUCUAA